GCCAUCGGUAGCGCAACCAAAUUUCAUGGCUCCUCAGCCAUCGGUAGCGCAACCAAAUUUCAUGGCUCCCCAGCCAUCGGUAGCGCAACCAAAUUUCAUGGCUCCUCAGCCAUCGGUAGCGCAACCAAACUUCAUGGCUCAUCAGCCAUCGGUAGCGCAACAGAAUUUCAUGGCUUCUCUGCCAACGGUAGCGCAACCAAAUUUCAUGGCUUCUCAGCCAAUGAUAACACAACCAAACUUCAUGGCUUAUCAGCCAACGGCAACACAACCAAGUUACCUGGCUUCUCAGCCAAGCAUGGUACAGCAACAGCAAGCAGUACUACAACAACCGAUGGUUAUGCAACAACCGAUGGUUAUGCAGCAACCAACAACCAUCAUACAAAGACAACCAAUUAG